GCACAAUCUGCUGAGGCUGGGCACGGACGAGCAUGUUUUGCGCGCACGCGAGUGUGUUGGCAUUUUGACACCCAAACGCACAGCGCGCGCGCUGUUCCACUCUGCGUUGCAGAAGUACACACAACGCACGCAGGCGGACCGUUAUCAUUAAAACCUCAUCUACAGUCCCUCUUCUGGUCGCGCGCAUUUUAUACUACGAAUCCUCGCGCCGCCGCCGCCGCCGCUGCUUUCGAGUGACAAGGUGUGGAGAGGGGGGAAAGGAUUAAGAGACAAUGGCAGCCACCCCGUGCUAAACCUCUUCCUCACGCGCACAGAAACGCUUCUAACGGGUGUCAUGGCCAAAACGGACACGGUUUGAACUUUGGAUGAUCUGCUUUGUGAGGAUAUCCAGUCGCAUCCUGACCGGCGAGACGAGCGGAGAUCAGAGUUUGUGCGUCAAGGGAAUCAUAACCUGGGAGAGAUAUUCGCAAUGGCGCGCGGAGGGAGUCGUUUGGGGCCCUGGCAGGUGCUACUGACCAUCUCACUCGUCAUCAUUCCGUUUUCGGUUCACGGGAGACAUUCGCUGUCCAAACACCAUCAUCACCACAACCACUCAUCUGUCCACAAAGAGGCCUUGGACACCAGGAUGGUUCUCAGUGAUGACUCAGCAGAAAGAGAGCAUCUGAUUGGAGCAGGGGUUGGCAACAUUCAUCACACCUUUACCAGACGUCAUCACUCUCAUAAACGCCACCACCUUGAUUUUGUGGAGGAAGACCAACCCGCGGUGGAGGAGCUGACAGCUGGAGGGGCGGGGCCAGACAAUCCUGGAAACCCUUUAUCCGACGAUGUCAUCACAGUGGCAUUUCAUAGCCCCGCCCCUGAUGUUGUGCCCUCAGAUGGGGCUUUGGAUUGGGCAAAAGCCCCCAAACCCCAAAAGCAGAGAGGUGGAGCCUCCACCACGUGGACGCAGGAUGACUUUUAUGACUACCUGUCUCCUGACAACGACGUCUCAGCGGUAGAUACAACCCCAGAACCUGAGCCCACCCCCUCACCUCCAGCUGACAUGGACGACGAGAAUCCUCUCCUGGCCAGUUCUCCUCAAGGUCCUGACACAGUGGAGCCAAAGAUGAACAGCGGGUCAUCUUUACCGGCGCCUCCGAUGGCAAGACCAGAGGAAGAUGAAUCUGGAAUAGGUGGUGCUGUAGGUGCGGAUGGCUGCAGGCUGGGCUUUGUGCUGUCUCAGUCUGGGGUUUGUGUUUCCCAGUGUGAUGCUGAACCCAACUUCUGCUUCAACGGAGGGAAGUGCACCGUGGUGACUGGGAUUGGAGCCUUCUGCAGGUGUAAUGUGCAGGACUACAUCUGGAACAAAGGCCAGCGCUGCGAAUGGUCCGUCACUGUGUUUGAGGUGCUGUGUUUGGUUACGGUCGUGGCCUCCUUUGUGGUCCUCCUGCAGUUCAUGAUCGUGGUGUUCUUUGCCAAGAGCCUGUACCGCCUCAAGAGCGAGAACAAACGCCUUCGUAAAUGCAGUAAGUACCACCCACAGAGCAGCGAGCCACAGACGGACGGGCUAUCUGUAUCGACAACAGCUGACGGCUCGCAGCCAAACGUAAGGAAACUGUGUGACACUCCUCCGCCCGCUCCUCAAACCCAUACUCACAACCUGGCGUACUAUGACAACAUUAUCUGUCAGGACGAGCCCCAGAAGAAGGACAACCAAGAAAAGUCCCCUCAACUCAAAGAAGAGGGAUCCAUGAACAUCCUCAACUCCCACUCCCCAAAGCAAGAGAACAACUGCCCUGCCUCUGCCAACCAUGGCCACACCCCCAACAAUGCAGGGGAGAACGCAGAGGGUGGAGUCACUAUUGGCCUGGAGGUGCUUCUGCCCAAAGAGGCCAAACUUCACUCGGACGCCAGCCCUCCACUUCAGUAUGACGUCUUCCUCUACAAGGUUGCCAACAACGAAGACUCCACCUCUCACAGUCAAGCCCCUCACCCUCACCCCACCACCUCUCAUCCUAAAUCUCCCAAAUCCCCCAAACACCCCACAGAGAAUCCCCGCUUUAAUCAUGAAUCUGUGUCAGGGAGUCACCCAUCACCCAGCUGUUAUUACAAACGGACCCCCGGCUGCUCCUCCACUCCUCAUCAGCUGUGCAAAGGUCAAGACCCUGGCUCAGAGUUGUCUGGGAGUUGGAGAGACCACCAGGGUGGACACAUUUACCCAUCUCCUUCAUCGCCUCAUCUCACCCAGCCGCCUCCAUCACCAUCCACAGUUAAAUCAGUCAGCACCCGAUCCCUGCCUCACUGAUGAAGUGCUCAGGCCUUCCCAUCAUCUGCUCAUUCAAACCUCACCCCAUCAACAUUCCCAAAAAAAUGAGAAUUAACACAGGCAUGGAUGCAUUAAAAUGUAAACAGAUCACUCUACAGCCACAUAUUUCCUCUCACCUGUAAAUAACAACCUCCAAAAAGCUCAGGUUCAGAGUGAACUGCUACAACUCGGUGGUGCCAAUUCCAGCUGCAGCUGAUGACAUUAAUCAUACAGUUUUAUCAGUGUUUAUAAACGUUUUACUGUCAAAUCUGCACAACUUCUUUCAUGAAGCUUUUCUCCACAUUGUUCUAACCUUUGAUGGAUGGCUGAAUCAGAAAGUAACCAAGUGCUGAAUGUGAGGAGGAGCAGGAUUGUUAUAUGAAGGAAUCUGCUUCCUCCUUGUGGAGGACGGAGGUAUUGCAACAAAAUGUGUAGUGACGCGUUGGUUUAAAGUCCAAGCUGUAAAAUCGUCUCAUGAAUCUGUAGAGAAGAGUGAAUGAAAUUUUUUUUUUUUUGUUGUUGUUAAAGCAUUUUCAAAUAAAACCCUUUGUUGUCAAACUGA